CUCCAACCAGUGCUCACUGUGGACAGCGGCGCGCGCUGGAAGCAACCCCUCGGAAUUGGCGUCGCGAAACUUGUAACUCGAUUACCAUUUUCAUUCUUCUCAACAUCUUUCACCAUCUGCGCCCCAACCUCGAAACCAAGGCUGACUCUCGAGAUACAUUCUGUGAAUACACUCAUACAGAAGUUCCCCUUACAGUCGAAUCCCCCAUUCACGCGCCGACCUUCAACUGCUGAUCUCGAACCCCCAUCCUCCUCGCGACGUCAGAACGAUUCCCGAAUCCCGACAGGGCUGCGCUCCCAACGCAUGACGAAGGGCUCUAUGCCCAUUUCUUUCGACCAACUUUAGCCGACUCAACUGCCCACUUCCUCAAUGGCACCGAGCAUACCAACCGAGCCGGCCUCGAAGCGCAACGGCGUCAAUGACCAUGAAGUGGUCCCGAUAGGGCCUUCCCCGGGGCUUUCGUCCAACCCGCCACGCUACAUCUCGGAACAGACGCUGCAGCAGAUGCUAAAAAGCAUUGGCUAUGACGAGCAAAGAGAAGAUUCAUACAGACUCAAAGGCGUUCAGCUCAUUGAUAGCGUUCGACAAAGCAUCAGCCUCCCGGUCAAGACUUUCGAUACUGCAGCGACAUACUACCACAGGUUCAGGAUACGGUUUCCGAGCGCCGAGUACAACUACGAAGAUGUAGCUCUUGCGUCGUUAUUUGUUGCAUGCAAGGUGGAGGAUACGAUAAAGAAGUCCAAGGAUGUCCUAUGUGCGGCGCACAAUAUCAGGCAGCCCCACGAUCAAAGGACUCCGGAUGAUAAGAUGUUCGAUGGUCCAUCCAAGUUUACAGUGGGCCUCGAGCGUCAUAUCCUGGAGACCAUUGGUUUCGACUUCCAGGCUCAGUAUCCUCAAAAGUUGUUGAUCAAAUUGCUUCGGAAGAUGUUCCCAAAGGGCGAGAAAGGGGACAGUCCCGAGGUCAAGAGGUUCAUCAGCGACGCAUACGACAUGUCCAUCGAUCUUUACAAGACAUUUGCGCCCUUGAAGCAACCAAGCUUUCCUCUUGUGAUGGCAAUCCUUGAAAUAACAGUCCUCCUUACGGGAAUGGGUGGAGAUCAAAUCUCGCAGUUCUAUUCCGACCGGUAUCCGGCUAGGAAAGGCUGCAUCCUCGAGGUCAUGUUGGAUCUAAUGGAUCUCUACACACAAUUUGCAAAGUCCACCAAAGUCGGCAGCAGAUACGAUCUUAACAAGUUGAUGGGCGUUAAAAUUGACAUCAACAAGAUGCUAUCAGGAAAUCGGUACCACCGCCACUUUGCAUGGUGCGACAAGUGUGUCCAAGACAGCUCGGAUGCCCUUUCCGUCACGCCGGGUUCUGCGAUUUCGCCUGCGACUAACAGCUCGCUACCGGGAAAUAACACCGUCAAGCGGAAUGGCAAGUCGUCCGAAGGAACCUUGCGGUUUGUCUUCGACCAUGAAGAUGCCCGCUUCGAGCGGGAAACAGUGGCGGAAUAUUUUGACGACGUCUACGAGGAGAUCGAAGAGGAGGUCGAGGAAAGAAUCCCAGAUGAACCAAGGCACUCGAGCCGGAGUGCUCAUCACUCGCAUUCAUCACACCGCAAUCACACCGACCAUGGAUGGAGUCCUUAUUCGCGAAGUCGGCAUGGGGGCCACAACAGUGACCGACACAAGGGGCGUAAGAGUCACGGUUACUAUUGAUCACUGUUUUCUCUCUCUCUCUCUCUCCUUGUGGGUUAUGGGGCAUAUGGAUGUGCACGGUGUUUGUGAGGGUUUGUCUUUUACUUUGGUUACCAUAGAGUUCAGCGGCUAAGGAGUUUACGGCUACUUGAUGAUACCCAGUCUAUAGCACAUCCGGAAUGGAAAAUGGAAGUUGAUUGGACGCGUUCA